CUCUCUCUGGGGCAUUUCAGCAAGAAAAGAGGGGGAAAAAGAAAUUGAGAAAAAAAAACACAUCGUCUUGUCUCUCUUUCUCUGCACUUCUGUUUCUGUAUUUAUAUUACUCGCAUCAUCUCUUCUUCGCUCUCUCGGAUUCUGGUGGAAAUCUAUCUUCAGAAGUUUUGCCUGUAUAAUUAGGGGUUUUUUUUUUUUGUAAAAUUUGUUGUUUGUUGUAUUGUGGGAGGGAAGUCGGUGAGCUUCGGAGGUACGUCCAUUUUCAUUCUUUGAUCUCGGUUGCCCUAGAAGUUCUGAUAUAUUCAUUGUCUGCAAAAUUUUAUCUUUCCUCUGUUUCUUUUCGUUCUUGAUUUGAUCGUAACGUCUGUUGUGUUUCAUUUCUUCGUUGUUGAUAAUUCGAUUGAACAAUCGGUUUGGCAACUGUAAUCAGGUGAUCGUUUCUCAGGUGUUUCUUGUUCUCAAAGGGCAGUGUGUUUUAGCAUUAUCUGUAUGAGCUUCAGUGCUGAUUUAGGAUUCUUUUUUCACUUGUAUAAGAAACUGAAUAAGUUUUAGCGUUCCUAUCGUUCGUCAGUUGUAGGUUUAGUUGCUUGAUCUUGGUUUCUAUGUCGUGUCGGUUUCACCUUCCAGGUGAAGGGGGUUAGCAGGUGAUCGAGUGUUCUGGGUUGGGUGGAGUGGUAGGGGAUUUUGGGAACAUGACUGAUUUCCAAUCGCGGCAACAGAAGCAGGAGAGUAAUGAGGCCCGUGCUGAGUUCCAGUGGGGAUGGGAGGAGUUGAUGCGGGGUCAUUUGGAUGAUUGUAUGUCCUUGGCUUCCUGUAGCUCCACUCGCGAUCAGGAGGUGGAUGAUGAAGAGGGCGAUCAGCUUGUGCGCCGUAGGAGACGUUCCGAUCUUGAAGGAGAUGACCUGGCUGAGUCUUCUGCUGCUCGAAGGCGCCAUUCUCGAAUUUUAAGCAGUUGGGCUGCUCGGCAGGCCCAGGAGAUGAUCACCACGAUUGAGAGGAGGAAUCGUGAGUCCGAACUCAUGGCUCUUGCGGGUUUGCAUACUGUCUCUAUGCUGGAUGCUUCCUUCCUGAGAGAGUCGCAGUCUCCGACCUCCCGGGGACAGGGGGUUGUUGAAAGGCCGAACACCCGGGCAAACUCUCUCCUGCAAAUGUGGCGGGAGCUGGAAGACGAGCAUAUGCUCAAUCGUGCCCGAGAAAGGGUGAGGGAAAGGUUGAGGCAACAGAGGAGUGUUGAUUCUAAUACCAACAUCUCUGGCACUAACAUGUCUGAAAGCAGAGAGAGUGAGCACCGGGGCAGUUCAGAGGAUGCUAGUGAGAGCGAGAUUGAGUAUGGGACGUGGUCCCAAGGGCAAAUGGAGUCGCAGAAUGAACACGAGGACCGCAACGAUUCUAGCCGUGAGCAGUCUCCUGAUUUUGGAGAAGUUGAGAGGGAGAGGGUGAGACAAAUUGCUCGGGGAUGGAUGGAUAGUGGCAUCAGUGACCAUGCAUCUAAUGUUUCCCGGCAGAAUAACAGCCCAAGGGAAGAAUGGCUUGGAGAAACUGAACGUGAAAGGGUGAGGCUUGUCCGGGAGUGGGUUCAAAUGACUAGUCAGCAGAGAGGUGGCCGUGGCAGCAGAAGGGAAGACCAAACUUUGGGAAUGGGUGCUCAGAUUGACCGGGUUCAUAAUGGAUCGGUUGUUGACCGUGAUGAAGGACAACCUGAGCAUAUCCGACGGGAUAUGCUGAGGUUACGUGGAAGACAGGCUCUCAUUGAUUUGCUCGUGAGAAUUGAAAGGGAAAGGCAGAGGGAACUGCAGGGGUUGUUAGAGCAUCGAGCUGUUUCAGACUUUGCUCACCGUAACCGAAUUCAGUCACUACUGAGGGGUAGAUUCUUACGAAAUGAAAGACCUAUUGAAGAUGAGAGGCCACCUUCAAUGGCGGUUAGAGAAAUAGGUCAGUUAAGACAACGCCAUACUGUAUCCGGUUUGAGGGAAGGAUUUCGCUCCAGGUUAGAAAAUAUUGUUCGUGGUCAAGUAACCAGCCAUUCUGAUGCAUCUUCUAACAGUAAUACCAGCCCUCAGGAAAACGAUCAAACUCAAUCAAGCCCUUCUCGGGAGGUUGCAAAUGAAAACCAUGAACAAUCUCAACCUAGGAUUCAGGAGGAUGACAUCCGUCGGUUGCCAGAGCAAACAGGGAGCUUGCAAAGUGAUGCAGCUCCUGAAAGGAGGGAUUGGCAGGAACAAGUUACAGAAAAUGAGAGAAGAGACUUGCAACAGUCUACUGAAGCUGACCUUAAUCAGUGGCAAGAUGUUAAUGGGCAAGAAAUGGAUGGACACUGGCAGGAUAGUACUGCCAGGGACUGGACCCGGGAAACUUCAGGGAAUGAAGGUGGAGAAGAUAGCCAUCUGCAAGAUAUUCAUGAGGAGUGGCAUGAGGAUGGUUCUCAGGAGGCUGUGCAAAAUUGGCCACAAGGACCUUCUGAUCCACCAAGAACUCGGCGGGCUAUUCCUAUUAGACGGAUCAAUAGAUUCCAUCCACCAGACGAUGAUAAUGUGUACAGCAUGGAACUGAGAGAACUCCUAAGCAGGAGAAGCGUAUCCAAUCUUCUUCGAAGCGGGUUCCGUGAGAGCCUGGACCAGUUGAUACAGUCUUACGUAGAAAGACAAGGUCGUGCUCCCAUUGACUGGGAUCUGCAUCGAACAUUGCCUACUCCUAACUUACGAGAUCAAGAUCAGGAGCAGCAGAGAGAUCAAAAUGAGGGUCAACCAGAUACUGUUGGUAGACCUCCCCUUGUGAUGCCUUCUCCACCAGUUCCCCCACCACAGCCACUUUGGCAGCAGGAUCUUCAUCAUGCUCACUGGCCACGCCACAGCAUGCAUCGUUCGGAAAUUGAGUGGGAAAUCAUUAACGAUUUGAGAGCUGACAUGACUAGGCUUCAGCAAGGGAUGAGCCACAUGCAGAGGAUGUUGGAAGCCUGCAUGGAUAUGCAACUGGAGUUGCAACGCUCAGUCAGACAGGAGGUAUCUGCAGCUUUGAAUCGGUCUGCUGGUGAAGGGGUGGGUAUAGAAUCAUCGGAUGAUGGAUCAAAAUGGGGUCAUGUGAGAAAGGGGACUUGCUGUGUUUGUUGUGAUAACCAUAUUGAUUCUCUAUUGUACAGAUGUGGUCAUAUGUGCACUUGUUCAAAAUGUGCGAAUGAGUUGGUUCGAGGUGGAGGGAAAUGUCCGCUGUGCCGGGCACCAAUUGUUGAGGUGGUCCAAGCUUAUUCCAUCCUGUAAAAUGGAAAAAGAAGUAAAGAAAGAAGAAAAACAAUAAACAAUGGAAGGGAAGGACAAGAUGUUGGAGUUUUUUCCCAUUUAUAUUGGCUUCUUCGGAAUCAAGGCUCUUCCUCCAGGUUCUAUCUGUAGAUUGUUUUUUUCUUGCCUGCUGUUCUGAUUAUUUGUUUGAACAUAUAUGCAAAAUGUAUCAUUGGAAUAACAGUUCACGCCUUCAAUUCAUCCUCAUUCAUAGUCUCAAUAAAAGUCUCAAAAGUGGAAAAUUCUUCCU